AUGGAUUCCUGCCGCGGCGCCCGUCCUAGCAGCACCGCUACCUCCUCCGACCUCUCCGCACCUCUUCUGCCCCCUGCCCCCCCGCAACCUUGCCCACCUGUUGCUGCUGCUUCAACCGAAGCCCAUGUCUUCGAAUCCUCUCCCCCCGCGACAUUCGCGCCACUCUCGCGCGACUCGCGGCCCCGGCGGGACCAGGUGUGGCUCAUAGCCUUCCUCACGGCUCUCGCGGUCCUCUGCGCGCUCUGCCUCAUCUCCGCCCUGCUGCCGUCCCCCGGCCCGUCAAUGUCGCUCGUCGCCCUCUCGUACGCGCGCAUCAGCGUUUCCGUCGUCGCCGCCGCGCCGCUCGUGUGGGGCGUGCUGUUGUACGUGAGGCGGCGGAACAGCCUCACCGUGCUUCUCCCCGCUCUCCUCGCGCUCGUCGCGCUCCUCUUCUUCGUCGGCGCGUUUCUGAUUCUCCGCCUGCCGCAGCUGCUCUCCUCGGACUCACUAGUACGCACGAGCGCGGGUCCCAUCGCUGUUGCUGCCGCCUCAUCGCACGCCGUUGCUGGUAUAGGCACGCUCGCUGCCUCAGCAGUAGCAGCAGCUCGAGCAAUGGUGAUGGACGGAGUAUCUUCCGUGGUCAGACGCCACGGCUGCCGCUCUCUCUCCCUCCCUCACUGCCAGCACCAGCAGCGCAUGGCCACUCACUCCCAGCCACCUCGCAUCUCCACCCCUCUCUUAUUCCCUCGCCCUGCUCUUCUCCUCAUCCCUCUCUCCCAACAACUCCGCACCGCUCACCUCCCCACUGGUCAUCUCUUCCGUUAUUCCCCCUCCAUGUCUCGCCUCCCCGUUCCCCCCCUUGUCCGUCCUCGUGUCACCUUUCCUGUCCUCGCCCCUCUUCUCCUCAUCCUCGUCCGGGUCGCCGCCCCUCCUGGGCUUGGACUCGAACCACUUCAUAUCCUCGUUACAGCACCAUUCGCUGCUGUCGUCAGGAAGGUGAUUGUCCUGUGCGCCGUGGUAGCAGGGGAGGGCGAGACUCCUGGCGUGUGUGCAGCAUGGUUGCUCCCACUCCUCACGCAACUCGUCAACCCGCCGCUGCUGCUGCUCUUCCUGCUCCUGGGCAUGUGGGCCGUCGUUGUCUUCUCCAUGCUCCUCGCCCUCCUCGUUGCUGCCCUCGUGGGCCAUGGCUUGAGCACACAGGAGGGGGACCACAGGCACGAUAUCCGACGUGGAAAGCAUUCCGGGGAAGGUGCUGUUGGCGAUGGUGCUGCUGCUGCCUACCCUGCUACUGCAGGUGCAAGCGGUAACGCAGCAGUCGCAGCGGCCCGCACGCGUUCUGUGUGGUCAGCGGUGCAUGCAUCUCACGUGCCAUCAGCCAGUGGCAUCACCCCACAACCCCAGCUCUCACAGCUGCGUCGCCACCUGCCUCUCCUGGGUCAGGCGCUCAGGCUCGUCCUCACUCGCUCCCUGGGCACAGCUGCAGCGGUGGCGAUGCUGCUCAUCGUAUUGUACAUACUCUACACCGCACUCAACACCUGGCUGGCGGUGUACGUGUUUGCCACCUUGGAGGUGCCCGGGCUGCUGACGGGCACUGCUGCUGUGCUGCUCACCGUGGUGCAACUGCUGCUGCUGCACGUGCUCACUUGGUUCGUGGUGCCAGUGGCAGCUAUCACGGGCAAGGGCGUGUGGGCUUCUCUUGCCACGGUGCUGCGCCUGCUGCCCGCACACCUGCUGCCCUCGCUCGCCCUCUUCGUCUUCAUGCGCAUGCUCAUUCUGGCCCUUGCCAUCACCACUGAAACUCUGCUGUGGACAUUGGCGUUCGUACUGACUCCCUCGCCACUGUCCGCCUCGCAUGCAUGGGUCGUUGCUGCCUCCUUCACGCACCUCUUCCUCUCCUCCAUUCUCUCCACCGCGCUCUCGACUCUCUCCCUCUCCCUCCUUGCCGCUGUGCCUGCUCUCUAUGUCUACCUUGCGCUGGGAGAGAGAUUGGAUGCACGCACAGGGGCGGUGCUGGGGCCGCAGGGGCAAGAGGAAGAGGAGGCGGAGGAAAGGGGGAGGGUAAGAGUGAUAGAGGUUCGAGUGCGUUAA